CACACAUACACAGAGUGAGAGAAAAGCGCUUCCCGAGCGCUCAAUCCUGUCACUGUACAGACAUGAACCGAGCUCAGCGAGCAAUAAUCAAAUCAAUUAUUUUUAUUCUAAGCGAUUAACAGUUUUUCUUUUUUUAAUUUUCCGCUCAAAGGUGCAACACUAUUCCGUCAUAAUCGUCCUGUCUCUGUUCAGAAAUCGUUCAAUCGUUUGCGCUGGAUCUGUCGUGCCAGAAGAUGUGCGUGGAGAGCGAUGGAUGUGAAAUUGAGGGGUGCAGCAGUUCGGAUGUGGUGCACACGCUGUCUGGAAGCAUGAGUCCCACUCUUAAAUCCAGUACAGAUCUGCAUCCCUGCAAACCUGGGCAAAAAUUCCGUGCCGCAUUACUCCGAUGCCGGACUCCGCUUGUUGCCGCCGGGAUUCUGAGUUUUGGAAAUGUGCUCAAUUACAUGGACAGAUACACCGUAGCAGGUGUCCUUCUUGACAUACAGAAACACUUUGAAGUUGGUGACAGCGGAGCAGGCUUGUUGCAAACAGUCUUCAUCUGCAGUUUCAUGGUGGCCGCACCCAUUUUCGGUUACCUGGGGGACCGUUUCAACAGAAAGAUCAUUCUGAGCAGUGGAAUUUUCUUCUGGUCCUUUGUGACACUGCUAAGCUCCUUUAUUACCAAAGAUUAUUAUUGGUUGUUAGUGCUGUCCAGAUGUUUGGUGGGAAUUGGUGAAUCAAGCUACUCAUCCAUCUCUCCAACCAUCAUCGGAGACCUGUUCACAAACAACAAAAGGACCAUGAUGCUCUCUGUCUUCUACCUGGCCAUCCCACUAGGAAGCGGUCUUGGAUACAUCCUGGGAUCCAUUGCUAAAGAUGCUGGAGGGGAUUGGUACUGGGCACUGAGGGUUUCUCCAAUGUUAGGUUUGACUGCUGGGUUCCUCAUCCUCAUCUUUAUCCCUGAGCCGAAGAGAGGGUGUGCUGACCAGCUCACUGGACGGAUAAAGACACGCACUUCCUGGCUCUGUGACAUGAAAGCUCUUGCCAAAAACCGUAGUUAUGUAUUUUCUUCUCUGGCAUCGGCCGCAGUGUCAUUUGCCACGGGGGCGUUUGGGAUCUGGAUCCCACAGUACCUAGUCAGAGCUCAGGUGGUGCAGAAGACAGCAGAGAGCUGCACCUAUCAACCCUGCAGCAGUAAAGACAGUUUGAUAUUUGGAGCCAUCACCUGCGUGACUGGGCUGUUGGGGGUAGUGAUCGGCGCUGUGACCACACGGCUCUGCCGCCAGAAGACGGAGCGUGCCGACCCGCUGGUGUGUGCGGUCAGCAUGUUGGGCUCUGCUAUCUUCAUCUGCCUCAUCUUUGUUGUGGCCAAGAAAAGCAUUGUGGGAGCAUAUAUCUGCAUUUUCAUCGGAGAGACGCUGCUCUUUCUGAACUGGGCCAUUACAGCGGACAUUUUAAUGCCCACCAGAAGAGCCACUGCUGUUGCCUUCCAGGGUUUCACGUCACAUUUACUAGGGGAUGCUGGGAGCCCGUACCUCAUUGGCCUGAUAUCAGACUCCCUCCAAGAGAGCUACGCUACGUCAGCUUUAUGGCAGUUCCUGAGCUUGGGAUAUGCCCUCAUGCUCUGUCCAUUUGUCAUCGUUCUGGGGGGGAUUUUCUUCCUCGCCACCGCCCUGUUCUUCCUCGACGAUCGUGACAAAGCGGAGAAACACAGAGUAAACCAGCUUUCCCGGCCGCCGUCCACAGUUAAGGUUACCAAAUGAGAAGCCACUACUGCAAUGAAGAAAAAGUGGAAUGAAAAUAUGGGCAGGUGGAGGGAAAAACAGAAGGAAUUAAACUUGCAGCUAACUUUCUAUAUGCACACUCAGCAUAGUCUAAGAUUACCGCUAUCAUCGUCAUCUCUGCUUUUUCGCUCCAUUCUGUGAAGGCCAUUCUGAAUUCGAGUCGCACCUUGCCCUUCCCCAGUAAACCUUCAGCUGGAAAGAGCCUUCAGCCAAUCAGCAGCUGGUGUGCAGCUAUUAAUGAUGUAUAUAAAGAGCCUUGUGGGCUCUGGUGGGUGUUUAGAUGAGGGUGCCAUACUACUGAACACAGCACGGACACACACUCCCGUCCUGUCACGCUGCCUGUCGAUCUGCACCAAGUGCCAUAACAUCACAUUCCUAAUGGGGACCAGUACCAGAUGCUCACAGCUAACAGGGGCUCACCAAUACGCCAAAAAUCACCCCCAAAAUAGUAACUACAGAACUGAGGGAAUCACUCACAUCCCAUCAACUACCCAACGAAAACUGAGUGGUGAGUCCUGCCUUAAGAAAUCUGGCAGAGGCACAGGUUUGGUCCCCGGUCACUUUUCUUUUAUAAAGAUUCUUUUCUUUGCUUUUUAUGAAAUGUAUUUUCUGUUCUUUUUCUUAGCACUUACCAUUUUAAUGCAGUGCCAGUGACAUCAUGCAGCCACGCAUGACACAUCGAUUAUUAUCUUUUCUCUUCUUGCUCUGACUGUGUUUUUACAACUAAAACUGGAGGGACUUUGUAAACUAUAGCUGAAAGGGACACUGGAUUGUAAAUAACUUUUUAAAAUGAAGAAACAAAAUUUAAAUGCUUUCAUACUGAACUUUACUGAACAGUCUGCCAGGAUAAAUCGCAUAGUAUGCCCAGGAGGGAAGCAGAAAUGUUUUAAAAAUUUAAGUGAACAAAGCCAAGGUUAUCGUCACUUAUCUAGUGUUUUUCAGUGCGGAAUUCCGUCCGGAGUGCCGGGUUACCCAUCCAGACCUUCAUUUUAACUACGGAUAAGAUUCACAAGCUCAGUCUAUAAGAAUGGAAGUCUUUGUAUGUUGGCUUACCUUGCUCAUUUGCUUUUACAUAUCCCUUUACUGGAAAAGAAGAGAGAGAGACAGGGUGAUAGUGUAUCGCAGCCGAGUUAAUUACCAACUCUGCAAUCCAUCCGUUUUCAAAAAGGGAGAAAUCUAACUCUGGGGUUAAGCUAAGUCUGGAUUGCUUUUUUGUUGAUUCUGUGAAUUUUGUGGAAGUUUCUUUUAGCAGAAAUCAGAUAUUUGAAUAUGUUACAUAUGCUAAGAAAAGCACUUUGCUUUUCACUGAGUAGUCUUGGAUAUGAAGAAAUACAAUUGGAGAAAAUAUCAGUUUUCGCUGUUAUUGGCCUGUGUGGUUUUACUUAAGAGUAUAGUUUGUAAUAUAUGCAAUUUAAAAGAAGGUUAACAAAAAUGAAAGCUUUCACAGUGGCAAUAAUUUGUAUAUUCUCAUAUUUAGCAAGAUUCACUCAGCACACACACUCACACACACACCGUCACUUUUCUUGAACCUGGUGUUACCAAAUCCGUCUGUAUCUGAAGCCGUUCUCAAAGAGAAGCGGAUGCUUUUUCCAAUCUUGAAAAAAGCACCUUGUCUAUAGAUUGAAGUGGGGAAAAAGCUAAUCUGUGUUUUGAAGGUCUGACUUAACAUGUCAUGUGAAAUUACCGUCCUGUUUGCCAGUCAUAUCCUCUUUCAUCAUGCCAGGUGAAAAGCCUUUGAAUGUGAUUCUGUCCAAUCCAAUGUGUUUACACAUGCAAAUUUAUCUUAAUGAAGCUUUUGUAUUAUUACUGUUGUUAUUAUUCUUUUACUGAUGUCAUUUUCUUUCUUUUUACAAAUAUGAUUUUUAUAUAUAUAGGCUAUAAACACUAUAAAGAUUUAAACUAUUAUGCAGCGAUUUUAAUAUAUUGUAAACGGCUUUGAUGCAAUGUAUUUAUUAUUAUGUUUUUGUUUGCUACCCUUGCUGAUAAGGUAUAAGGGAAAAAAUAUUGUAAACAUAGAUAUUAUGUACAGUUUUGUUUUUAAUUUUCUUUGAAAAUUCCUCAUCACCAUUUGAAGAAUCUCUCAGUUGUUCAUCUCAGAGAACUGUUUUCACAGGAGCCGAUUAUUUUACUGGUUCGCACAAACAAACAGCAUGAUUUACACUUAUAAGGACAUGUAUUGUGUACCAACAUGUUUGUUUGACCAAUGAACUGAUAAUUGAUUUAUUUUGCACAAGCAACUGAGUGUGUGAAUAAUGUGCUGAUCAGGGGGGUUUUCUCUUACUGUCUAAUCCAAUAGUUCUACACUGGCAUUUUAAGUGCUAGCUUUGAGGGAUUAUUCUCCAUUCACUGCCUGGCUAUAGCUUUUCAAAGUUAUUUUACAUGCUGAUUAUAUGACUAGUUUAUUUGUUUGUUGAAAGGCAGCGCUCACGGUGAUCUAGGUCGGACUAACGACUGGCUUAAUAUUUGUACGGCCAAGUUCAUUUUAUCAACAAAACCCGAUGCUAUUGAGCAGUUUUAUGAGAUCGUUUUAAUUGCCGAAUCGUGAGAAUUGAGUAUUUCAGAUUGCACAUUUUCUUGUUAUACAAGAAUUCUGUAAAAAUGUACCUAUUUCUGAUGUCAAGCAGAAACUAAAAGGUGAUUUUAUUUUUUAGAGCAAGUGUGAUUAUAAAGAAGAAAAGUAUCUAGGACGUUUACUGUGAUGCUCCCACGGGGAUAUACACCCUAUAUGUAACUGAUCAAAAUAAACUUAUUUAAUCAAAACAGA